AUGUCAGUCUCGAGGCAGCUGAUCUACUUCACUGUUGUGAAUGGAGCUUUUGAAAGAUUGACACUGAAUUGGCUGUGCAAUGUGGCUACAUUUGAGGGCUCACACGAAUUGUUGUUGAUCGUUUCUACGUCGAAGGCUGUGUGCGACAGCGUCCACCGCGAGUAUGGGCAGAAAGUGCACUGCAUGUUCGCAAACGUGGCCGGCUAUGAAGAGGAUUUGGACUGGGGAGAAAAGAAGUAUAUUGAUUUUCUGUUGCUCAGACUUCAGAUGAUGAAAGCCCUAACAGAAAGUUCGGUACGUUUCGUGUUGAUUGAGACUGACUCGACAUGGUUUCGAGAUCCGAUAGGACUGUUCCUCAAUGCGACUCUCAUUGAUGACGCCGACAUUGUGACUUCAAUCAAAGGAGUUACUCAUGCUGUAAGUUAU